AUGUCUACUGAAAAAGUAGCAAAAUCUACGGAGGAGAGCUUUAUUUCUAAAAGGGGGUGUAACUGUGUGGAACCGCAUAAUCCCAGCAAUGAUACAUUGAAGGAAUGGAGGGAAUCUAAUAUUUCUGCCUCUGACAUAAUAUGGGAGAAUCUAACUGUGUCAGAAUGCAAAUCAUUGCAUGGAGAGUAUGUUGGACGGGCCUGUGGCCAUGAUCACCCAUAUGUUCCAGAUGUUCUAUUUUGGUCGGUGAUCCUGUUCUUUUCCACAGUUACUCUGUCAGCCACCCUGAAGCAGUUCAAGACUAGCAGAUAUUUUCCAACCAAGGUUCGAUCCAUAGUGAGUGACUUUGCUGUCUUUCUUACAAUUCUGUGUAUGGUUUUAAUUGACUAUGCCAUUGGGAUCCCAUCUCCAAAACUACAAGUACCAAGUGUUUUCAAGCCCACCAGAGAUGAUCGUGGCUGGUUUGUUACACCUUUAGGUCCAAACCCAUGGUGGACAGUAAUAGCUGCUAUAAUUCCAGCUCUGCUUUGUACUAUCCUAAUUUUUAUGGACCAACAGAUUACAGCUGUCAUCAUCAACAGAAAAGAGCAUAAGCUAAAGAAAGGUUGUGGGUACCAUCUGGACCUAUUAAUGGUGGCUGUCAUGCUCGGUGUAUGCUCCAUCAUGGGCCUGCCAUGGUUUGUGGCUGCCACAGUCCUCUCCAUCACUCAUGUCAAUAGCCUAAAACUGGAAUCAGAAUGUUCAGCUCCAGGAGAACAACCCAAAUUUCUCGGCAUUCGGGAGCAAAGGGUUACAGGGCUUAUGAUUUUUAUUCUUAUGGGUUCAUCAGUCUUUAUGACCAGUAUUCUGAAGUUUAUUCCCAUGCCAGUGCUAUAUGGAGUGUUUCUUUAUAUGGGUGCUUCAUCUCUAAAGGGAAUUCAGUUCUUUGAUAGGAUAAAGCUCUUCUGGAUGCCUGCAAAACAUCAACCAGAUUUUAUAUACCUAAGGCAUGUACCACUUCGAAAAGUGCAUCUCUUCACGAUUAUUCAGAUGAGUUGCCUUGGCCUUUUGUGGAUAAUAAAAGUUUCAAGAGCUGCUAUUGUCUUUCCCAUGAUGGUGUUAGCCCUGGUAUUUGUAAGAAAGUUGAUGGACUUGUUGUUCACGAAGCGGGAACUCAGCUGGUUGGAUGAUUUAAUGCCCGAGAGUAAGAAAAAGAAACUGGAAGAUGCUGAAAAAGAAGAAGAACAAAGUAUGCUAGCUAUGGAAGAUGAGGGCACAGUACAACUCCCAUUGGAAGGACACUAUAGAGAUGAUCCAUCUGUGAUCAAUAUAUCUGAUGAAAUGUCAAAGACUGCCUUGUGGAGGAACCUUCUGAUCACUGCCGAUAACUCAAAAGAUAAGGAGUCAAGCUUUCCUUCUAAAAGCAUUGAAAGCCGAAAAGAGAAGAAAGCUGACUCAGGGAAAGGUGUUGACAGGGAGACUUGUCUAUGACUCGAUCUUCAAUUUAUUUUUUACAUAUAUAUGAGAAGAGUGUCACAAUUAUUAAUAAAACUGCUUUGAUCAUGUAGUGUAAAUUCUGUCCCUCAACCCAAAUCCACCUUCACACUGUAAGUAGUGCAAUACUUGUUUCAUUUCUGUGUUUAAACUUCUGAGCAGUGAGACACCCCUGCGAGCAGAUACAAUAGCCAAGGCAAGAAUCUGUGUGUUCCUUGCUGUACCUUAGACAUUUGUAAACUGGAUUCUGAUUGUCAGUUUUAUGAGAGCAAUAGCUUCCUUAAAGAGAUAAGUCAUAUUUACCUAGUUUGUAUUUUCCUACUUUAGUGACCUGAAGAUGCCUGAUAAUUUCAUUCAGAAGAAUUUUUGAAAGGUUGUCUUACUUCUUUUUAGUUUUUAUAGCUUAGUGUUAGUGACUUAUUUCAAAAGACCCAAAUCAAAAAGUUAGUUUGAAAGCAUUUUUUAAUAAUUGUAUUUAUGCAUUUCCUUGAUUUAAUAUGAUACAUUUAAUACUUAACAAUUUGUAUGUAACUAAAACUUAAAGUCACUUGAAAAACUAUAUAGAAACCUAUUUACAACUUGUUAAGGAGAAUCAGACAUAAUGCAGAGUUAAGUAGUAUUUGCUUAAAAUUCAAGUUGUGACUAAUGAUCAAAUACUAGGCUUGUACGAAAUGCUUUAGAAAAACUUUGUAACGGUUUUGUGGGAUUUUUCAAUAUAAACCUUUAUCAGAAAUAUGCUAAGUUUGUCUCCCACUGACAACAGAUGUUUUCCAAAUAAACAUAUACUUGUGGAAUGCCACAUGGUGAAUCAUUGUAUGUGAAAUUCCACUCCUGUACAGUUACUCUGCGGCUAAUGGUCAUGCACUGCUUAAUGCUGAUCCUGAAUCAUGUUCUCAUGUUAGACCAACAGGUGUCCAAUUGUCAUUUUUUCCUGCAGUUUUUUUUCCACUUUUAAAUUAAAUGCAUGUUGUGGAAAAACAGUCUUUUAAAAGAAAAUUUCAGAUUCUAUUUGAGAAGGUUCUGUAGAUAUUUCAGUCCAUAUAAAAUAAUACAUCUUUACUAAACUUAUAUAAGGGGAGAGAAAGUUAAGAAGUUUUGGACAUUACUAAAAAUACAGUAUUUCAUUUCACUUUCAAUGAAUGUGAAGUUAAUAAAACUAAAUCUCAUAAUGCUCUUGCUUCCUAAGAAUGAGCAGUAAUCAUCAACUUUAUAAUACUCCAAUAUUCCGUUACAAUAAUUCAGAGCCCUGUGGCUUUUACAGACUGUUAAUUAUGUACUCUGCUUGGAAGUGCACAUGAAAAGUGAGGAAAAGUUCCGCUUGUGAUUAAACUAACGAGAGGAAAUAAAAUCGACAAAGCCUCCAUUAAGUUCUACAUUUUGAUACCUUUUAAAAAUUCCCCUCACAAUUCUUUAAGGAGCCCCCCUUUUUAUGGAACAUGAGCCUAAAAUUUAUAGAAAGAAGAAUUUUAAGUUAAUAAAGUUCAUAUUUAUAAGUGCUGAAAAAAUACAGAAACUUUCUGUUCCAAAUGUGUUGCCUUUGUGUAUUUUAUAAUACAGAUACAACAUUGUAAACAUUUUCAUUGUUUUAUGAUUUAGCCAGUGAUUCCCCAAAGCAGUCUCUUAGUGUUUUAAUAUAUUAAUAACUGUUCUGUUGAAAAUGAUCAUAGUGAAUUUAAAUCUUCACAUGAUCACCUAUUUGAAUAAGCAAUCAUAUCCAAUGAAAUUCUGUAUUUCUGAGUAUUUUUAUAGUCAAUUUGUUCUUGUGUGAAUUUUAAAGCUAUCCCUAUGUUAAUCCUAAUAUUUUGAAAUCAUAUAAAAUAUAAGAAAAAUGUAGUAUUAUAUAUUUACUUCUAAUUUCAGAUUCCUGGUCAAAAUUACUGAAUAUCUUGAAUGUAAUUUAGCGAAAAGUUUAAGUAAUGUGUAAAUGUGACUAGGAUAUUGUGUUUUUCACAAUUAAGAAAUGUUAUGUGGAAAUAAAUAUUUAUCCUAACUAAUUUCCUUGCACAUUUUAAA